AAAGAGAUUAAAGAAUAAGUAAGAGAGAGAAAGUGAAAGAUGCAUGAUGUGACGUGAUAGAUGCAUGAAUAUUAUAUGAUUACUUUAUUAUUAUUAUUUUCAUUUCACCGCCUCGAAGUCUCAACUCAGCUGAAACCAUCCAUUGGUUCGUUUCUUCGCGGUAAUCCUAAACCGAACUGUUUUUUGUCUUUCGAACAAAACGAUGUAAAAUGUUGUGUUGCUUGCUUCACGGACCCGUUGUCAAGUUGACUUAUAAUCUGAGGAUUGCAUUGGAUUGGAACAAUAAAUACGAGAUCGAGUGCUACGACCUGGAUCAAUAGGAUCCACAACAUGGGUACUGUGGAGGGUCUUUUAGCAUUUGCUUUGGUUCUGAAUGUGUGUGUGGUGUGCAAUGGAGGCACAAGCAGCUCCUUCGUUAGGAAGGUCGAGAAGACUGUGGAUAUGCCACUUGACAGCGAUGUCUUUACAGUCCCUCCUGGUUACAAUGCUCCUCAACAGGUUCAUAUAACUCAAGGUGACCUUGUGGGGAGAGCAGUGAUUGUGUCAUGGGUAACGGUGGAUGAACCGGGGUCGAGUGAAGUACGUUACUGGCGUGAGAACAGUCACAGGAAGAAGAUUGCUGAAGGCAAAGUUGUUACUUAUAGGUACUUCAAUUACUCUUCUGGGUUUAUUCAUCACACCACCAUCAGCCACUUGGAGUACAACAGCAAAUACUACUAUGAAGUUGGGCUUACAAACACAACAAGGCAGUUUUGGUUUAUGACUCCUCCUGAAAUUGGUCCUGAUGUGCCAUACACAUUUGGUCUCAUAGGGGAUCUUGGUCAGAGUUUUGAUUCUAAUAAGACUCUUUCUCACUAUGAAUUGAACCCAAGAAAAGGACAAACUAUACUGUUUGUUGGAGACCUGUCUUAUGCGGAUAACUACCCAAAUCAUGAUAAUGUUAGAUGGGAUACUUGGGGAAGGUUCACAGAAAGGAGUGUUGCUUAUCAGCCAUGGAUAUGGACUGCAGGGAACCAUGAAAUUGAUUUUGCUCCAGAAAUUGGUGAAACCGUACCAUUCAAGCCGUAUACCCACCGUUACCGUGUUCCUUAUAGAGCAUCUCAGAGUACUUCACCCUUCUGGUAUUCUAUCAAGAGAGCUUCAGCACACAUCAUUGUCUUGGCCUCAUAUUCAGCAUAUGGCAAAUAUACACCACAAUAUAAAUGGCUUGAAGAGGAGCUACCGAAAGUUAACAGGACAGAGACUCCUUGGUUGAUUGUUCUCAUGCAUUCACCUUGGUAUAAUAGCUACAAUUAUCACUAUAUGGAAGGGGAAACGAUGAGAGUAAUGUAUGAGCCCUGGUUUGUGAAGUACAAGGUUGAUGUAGUGUUUGCUGGUCAUGUUCAUGCCUAUGAACGAUCUGAGCGUGUUUCCAAUGUUGCAUACAAUGUUGUAAAUGGUCUUUGCAGUCCUAUAAAAGAUCAAUCAGCUCCUGUAUAUAUAACCAUUGGCGAUGGAGGAAAUCUUGAAGGCUUAGCAACCAAUAUGACAGAACCACAGCCAGAGUACUCAGCAUUCCGAGAGGCCAGCUUCGGACAUGCUAUUUUUGAGAUAAAGAACCGAACUCAUGCUUACUACGGCUGGCACCGAAAUCAAGAUGGAGUUGCUGUGGAGGCUGAUUCCCUUUGGUUUUACAACAGAUUCUGGCACCCAGUUGAUGAUUCCACCGUUCAUGUUUCACAUUAACACACAGUCAUUGGUCUUUUGAGGAGGGAGAAUACCACCCAAUCUGAUGUCAAUAAAUUCACGAAAUUGAUUGUAUGCCAAUACCAUCAACAUUGAUUAGUAGUAUCUUUGUAUCUUUGUCACAUAAUUGCAAAUUGCUUGCUUCUAUUCUGAAACACUUCACAUUCUCAUCAUGUAAUUUUUGGUGGCACUGGAUAAACACAUAAAACAGUUGCUUAUCAAAUCCAUCAUCCAAUAAACUUCUCAACAUACUUCGGUGCA